GUAUUUCUCUUAAGUUACAUAAUUUACACACAGUAUUAUUACUAUGCCAAUAGCCGUCCUUUGUUACAUCCUUUUUGAGUGAAAUGAUCAAUAAAUGUCAUAUGUUACACUUUUGGUGAAGUUUUUUGUGUCUCCUGCAAAACUUGAAAAAUGAGUUAGGCGAUUAUUUUAACAGGGUGACGAUAUGUUUAUCUCUAUUGUAGAAUCCAGGGAUUGGAAAACCUUCGUUAGCGGCUUCAUAGUUGGAGGGUCACCUAACUUAGCCAAAGAUGACAGACUGGAAAUGGAGAACAAUCACCCAGAGGACAUCAAUGGAAGACACUUUCUUUUUGAUAAACAAUGUGCGAGGUUAGAGAGGACCAGAACUGUUAUUCCUCCGCUGCCAAGAGACUACCAUGUGCACAGACCUGGCAACCUGCAUCCCUUCAGCCUCUCCAAGGAUCUUUCCCACAGCCAUGCAGGGCGGCCUUUCACCCUGGGCUACCCUGAAAGAUAUGAACUGCAUACAACUCCAGCCAUCCUCUUUCCCUCCACUUUAGUCCUCAAUGGCAGAAACACCUUCUCAGUUGAAAACUGCAAGCACAGCAGGCCUAAGGUGAAUUAUCCAACCUACAACCUACUGACUGUUAGAGACAAUCAAAAGAGCCAGUCCUAUCCAGACCCAGUGGUCGGAGCCUCUCGCUCUUUUCUCCACAGGAUAUCUGAGCUGUCCUCUUUGGAGGGUGAGACGGUGAGACAAGAAAAGCUCAAGAAAAUGAGGAAACCUAAAAAACCUCCAUCCUGACAAUCACCUUCUUCCCAGUCACACUGGUCAAGGAUCAAAACCUUGGAGUCUGUGCCAACGACGUCUAAGCAAAAUAAAACAUUUAAAGCGCCAUGCUCAUUUCAGUGGCUUGUUCUGACUGCUUGUUUGUCCUCAGUGGUAUUAGUUUCCUGCUUAACAUGGCUGAUCUUCACAUUUUGGGAUUCCUGACCUGAGCUCAUCUCUGUUAAUGGUUACAUGUAGUAUUUACUGUAGUAAAUUGCAAUGUUUGCUACAACAAUAGAUGCUGAUGUUGAAUAUGAAAUAUUUUCUAUUCUGACUCAAAGCUGUCAGUAGUUUCCCACUCAACACCUGCAUGAAAUGAUAUUUUACCUUUCCAAUGGCUUGUAAUGGCUGUUAUGUAAUACUGCCAUAUUUCUUGAUGUAUCAUGAAUAUGUUGCAGAUGCUGUGAAGCUUGAAUAUCACUACAAAGUGUUUCAAAACAUUACUGUUAUCUACUAAUUAAGCUGUGUUAAGUGAAAUAUCUACGUAUAUAUUAAAUAGUUUAGCAAAACCAUUAUUGUGCCUUGUUAAACGUCUUCCUGAAAUAAAUACAUUUAUUUUUGUUAUUGUUA